UAAAGAAAUUAGUAAUACUGUCAAGGGAUAUGCAUUGAUUACAUUAAAUACAUUGAUAUGUUUUACUUAAUAGGUUGUCCUAAAAGAUUUGCAGCCUGUGCAACUUCUGCACUUCUGCUGCACCUGCAAGGCUGGGAAAGCUUUAUGCAACCAUUGUGUAGCUCUUCUGUUUCAAUCUGCACACUAUUCGCAAUUGAAACUCCAAGUUGUUCCCCCAAUAUUAAGCUGCACUGAAGGUGAACAACAGUGGCAUAAGCCUAGAGUUAUGGGGAUAAAGCCGGGCCCUGUUGACAAGAUGGCUGUGAUCUCAGCCAAACCGAAAACAAGAAAGACCACAGAGGGAGUGCGGAGUAAACUGUACAAAGGCCUUCAUGGGGAACUUCCUGACCUCUCAGUUCUUCGGGUGUCUGAGGUGUUCAAAGAUUUUGCUGAUGCUGACCGCCCUAUGAUCUGCAGCAUGGGAAUAAGUGAGGAUAUCCCACUUGUGGACUCACUGUUCGGCAAGGUGCAACAUGGAAGUCCCCUUUCUUAUCAGCAACCUGCCAAAGAGAAAGCAAAGACUCUUCAUGAUGCUCCACCUCCUCCAUCAUUGCCACUGCAAGGCUACAGACUUGACCCAUCAGAGUGCAUGUUUGUCUGUUCCAGGAAGCAACAGCUGCACAUGAAAAGUCUCGAGGUUACCCUGGAAUUGGCCCAGAAGAUUGAAUGUGCUACGCGAGAGCAGAGUUUGUGUGCCGAUUGGUACAAUGUACGGAAACCACGGGUGACUGCAUCUCGUUUUAGAGAGAUCUGCCAUGUGGGCAAGGCCUCUGAAGAGGGACUUGCUGAACGCAUUCUAAGAGGUACUCACCAGACAGGGCCUAUGAAGAGGGGUUUGGAGUUGGAGGCAGAUGCGAUCUGGGAAUAUUGCCAGAUAAAACGUGUGAACCACUACAAAUGUGGGUUUGUGGUACAACCGGAUGCACCAUGGAUUGGUGCCUCACCAGAUGGGGUUGUUUUUGACCCCUUGGAGCAGCCUCAGUUUGGCCUUGUGGAAAUAAAAUGUCCAAACAUUCCAAAUUAUGUAGAUGCACCUUAUCUCAAGGUCAUCAAUGGCUCAUUGCAGCUCAAACCAACUCAUGCCUAUUAUUGGCAAGUUCAGGGCCAACUACUUGUCACCGGUAUGAGUUGGUGUGAUUAUGUCGUCUCCGCUCAAGAUGAUGUUUUCAUACAAAGAAUAAAGAGGGAUGAGAGUGUGAUGGAAAAAAUGAAGCGUGGGAUAGAUAAGUUCUACUUUCACGUGUACAUGGACAAAUACCUGGCAGUGGCGUAAAUUGGUUGCUUGUCAUUCCUGAGUUUUGGGCACAUUUUUACAGAAGACUCCUUUAAAUCUGUUAUUACCUUGCAUACUUACCUUGAUCAUUUCUCAUAUUAUAAAUGUUAAUUUGUGCCUUUGUAUGCAUUGUUAUUGAAGGGCAGUGACACUUUCAUGUUAACCAUUUAUGAAAUUGAAGUUUGUCAAAUACAGUUCACUUGA